AAAUGCCCGUAACUCCUCCCGUCAGUUAAACGAGGGGAACUCAGAGCACGAAAAACAAACAGCUGCAGUGAGCGUGUGGGAGCGGAGAGCAACGAUGCUGCGAUUUACAACACAUUUCACUAAGAUGCAUCUUCUGCUGAUGGUGAUGUGGGCUUUUAUGGCGAUGACGGCUGCUCAGUCCCGUUGUGACCCUCUAACUCAAUAUGAUAAGAAUGGCCAGUGCUGCAAAAAGUGUGUUCCAGGCACCAGAAUGACGUCCCUUGGCACAUGUCUGGAACCUCAGUGCAUAGAAUGUGAGCAGAAUGAAUAUCAGGAUGAAUACACAAUUGAAGACAAAUGUCACCUUCAGCCAUACUGUGACAAACAUAAAAACUUUCAGGUUAACGUCCAUGAGAGCAAGACGCAGCGAAGCACCUGCAUGUGUCAAUCCGGAUUUCACUGCUCCAGUAAUGCUUGCCUAACCUGUGUGGCGCACACAACCUGUGCACCAGGACAUGGGGCUCAGUCCGAAGGCAAUCAUAUGCAUGACACAGUGUGUCAGAAAUGCCCUGAAGGCACAUUUUCCAACGAGACCUCAUGGGACGGUGUCUGUAAGAAAUGGACACAAUGUGAGAAUGGAUACCAUAUUCAACAAAGCGGAACAGACAUAUCUGACAACAUCUGUGUGGAAACCUCACGGAAGCAUGUGGUUGUGAUCAGCGUUGUGGUUCUUGUGAUCUUCGUUGUAUUUAUAUCUGCAGUCAUGUAUUGGAUGUGCAAAGUGUUUGGUAAACAAGGAGAUUCAAAAGGAAAAGUGAAGGGCUGUGUGGAAUCAUGCCUGGUAUUUAAAAAAGAGCCUCUGAAAGACAGCGGUGUUCUAAUAGCAGUCCCAACUAAUGAGACUGAGGAAGAGUCCAUGUUGACUGAGGUGCAGACCUCACAAGAAGAGGCUUCUGAAAGGACACCGGAGGAAAACGAGGACGAGCCAAGCCAGGCGAUGUCAACAGAACAUAGUUUCCGUACUGAAAACGGAAACUAUGUGACACAAGAGAAUGGGAAAACAGAAAUCCUCUCCCGACAGGAAUCACAAACGCAGACAUUUACAGACUGAAAACGGCUGUCACGAAGUCUCCUUAUGAAUGUAAUCUGUUUUGUAUUGUUGCCCCACAUUUCACUUGUACAUAAUUCUCCCCCUAAAGAUAAGUGUUAACAAUAAAUGUAAAUCUUACUGAAAUGAUGAAGUUGUGUAACAGUGGUAGAAGAUAGUGGAAUAGUCUACUACAGCACAUGACUUGACUGCAUUAGCUUUGAAGUCUGUAGCAUUUUUAAAGUUGUGGGCUAAUUUGUCGCUGUGUGUUUACAUUGUAAUUGUAUGUGGUCAACAACUUUUAUGUUACUUCAUUACAAAACUAUUCUGUAUAUAUUUGCAUGUGGUACAAGAGUGUGUUGUGAUAAUUGUGAAUUGAAACAGCAUGUAAUUUUUAUGUUUGCUUGAAAAUAUAUGCCACUUGAAUGGGA